GGGAGCAGGAUCAGCGCCUCAGGCCCUUCCGAGGACAGAAGCUCAGCGACCAGUCAGACCGAGACCGCCCCGCGAGAAGAGCUAUGGCGAUGGCGUGUGCAGCAGCUGCUGCUGUGUCGUCUUCGGCUGCUUUCGUCUCCGCUUCCAGCCGAAUCGCGCCGGCUUCUCCUGCUUCUUCCUCCAAUUCGCUGGGCUACCGGGCUGUACAGGUCCGAUGCGCCCAGGCUGAAGAGAAGGCCAAUGCCGUUUCCAGGAGGGGUGUGUUCUCCUUCGCAGCAUUGUCUCUCUUGCUGGCAGCGUCCGAGAAGGCCGAGGCUAAAGACAUUCCUCUAUUUGGAAUCAAGAAGAGAUUGGAGCCACUCGAGAAAGCAAUCGAGAGUGAGGUGACAAUGAUCGAGAAGGAGGGUUCCGAUUUGCUCAAGCUGGGAGAGAAGGAAAUUGGUGAUAUGAAGAAUGCGAUUCAGGGAGCGACGACCACAGCCACCAAAAUUGAUGUGGGAGGAAAUGCGGGACUAUCUGAGGGAAUCUCGCCCACGGUGCAAGCAGGAGGUGUCGUGGGAGCCGAGCUGUUCGCAGUGCUGGUCGCGUCCAGCGUUGUGAACGGUCUGAUCAGCGUCCCUUCCAAGUAAACAUGUCGCGUCGGUAGAAACGCAAUUGCCUCUCGAGUGGUCGGGCGCUGUGUCGCCCGCACUCGAAGGGCCCCCAAUCCAAGAACAACGAAGCGUGGAUCUAGAUUCUUCCUGCUGGCUCCGGGUCUGGUUUUCAAGAUUCGGACCACAUAGUUCUGCUCGCAUUCGAGUAGUUGUAGAGAGGACUGCGGAACUGUAUGUACCAUUAUGGCAUUGUGUUAUAUGGCCCUUCAGCCGGGGUCACGUCAAUCAAGCAUCUCCAAGAAAAUUGAACGUCCUCU